AUGAAUUUAAAAAAAAAAAAAUGCGGUGCUGGGGAAAUGCCAAUUUCAAUCUGUACUGCACGUGACUGAUGCGUUUCUUGACCAGCGAGUUGACCGCGUUCAUAACCAAAGAGAAUAUUCUUACCACCAGCCCUAAACGAUGUCGAAGAGAGUAAAGAUAUCUCUCGAACCAGCUUCUGUGCGUGUUCCUGUGGACAUUUCGGAAACUGGCGUUGAGAUUUUCAAGGAGGAAUCAACAUUCCACAAUAAGCUGAUGGAGAAUGCCAACCGGAUUUGGUUUGAACGAGGCGAAUGGAAGAACAUUUCCGGAGAAAGUCUUGAGGAGAAUGUAUCACGAAAGCGAUCUAGAAGUGGUACUGAAUCGCCGAGCUUGCAGGAUGCAGAUCUGCAAGUGUCUCAACCUGAGAAACCAACUACGGUGGAUGGUAAAGGCACUACGCAACUGCCGUUUCCUGAUCCCCAAAAACUUCGAGAAUCCGUUGUGGGGAAACUAAACCAUGCAAAAAGCGAGAUCGACGUCGCAUUGGAUGUUAUAAAUAUGCUGUUAUCGCAGCGUAAAACUUCCUCUGCUAAAGACUUGGUACUGCCGCCCAACACGCUGCAGGCGACUUAUGUGUCUAGACCAAAACAAACCGCGAAACACGAAGCUGAAGCUUCAAAGCUAGCCUUGGGAUCUAAGAGGAAGCAAUUGAACGACGCUUCAAAGUUCUUGUUGGAAAAGGCCGCGUCCCUUGGUUCAUCUGUCCAAGCUGAACAAGAUUUCUGGGAUGAAGCAUUGGAGAUGAGAAGAAAAUGCUGGCUAAUCCAGCCUGGCAGCGCAUUUCAAUCGUACCCGGGAACGGCGAUGGCAUCAGGCGAAAGGUCAUUCUAUGUUCAAUAUGGUUUUGGUGACGUGGGUUCCAAAUUCAGAGAGCCAACGUACGCUGAAAUCACUAGAGCAUACGAUAAGUCGAGCGGCGAUGAGCAGCAAGGUGCUGUUCAAAUGUUGAUUCCGCAUACAGUUCGCCGACAUGUUGUCGCUAGACUAGUGGAAAGUCAUAUCGCAGGAUUGGAUCUCAACUUUGACUAUUCUGAAAAGCAGCUUUCAAACAAGGCAGCGGCUUCAAACAUUGUUGACGAAGAUUGUAAGUUGAACUUGGAUGUGAGUGAAACCAGUGGGAGGGUACAUUACUUAUAUAUACUGUUAUGUAGAUCUUGUCUUCACCGACUCUUGUGAACAAAAUGAAAGCUUGCUACAGCAGCAGCUUCAGCUAGCACAAACAACUGUUUUUGAAUCAGAGCUGUUCCAUGAGAUUUUAAAUGAAGCACGAUCGUCUAAUGUCGAUGCAAAAUUUAUUGAAGACGGAGUGUCGGUU